GAGAGAAUCCUCGGGUUGUCACCACCGACGAGGAGCCCAUGGCGUUCAUCGACGUGCUCAUCUCCAUGGACGAGCUCUCGGACACGACCAAGAUCACGCUUUUGCUCGAUAUCUUGCUUGGCGCAGUUGAUAGCUCGGCUCUCUCGGUAGAAUGGGCCAUGGCGGAACUUCUCCGCCAUCCAGCCGAGCUCUCGAGAGCUCGACGCGAGAUCGACGACGUUGUCGGGUCGCAAAGGCUUGUGGAGGACUCGGACCUGCCCAAGCUUCGAUACGUGGAGGCCAUAGCCAAGGAGACACUGAGGCUGCACCAAGUGACGCCGCUCAUCAAUCCCAAGCUCGUCGAAGGAGGGCCGAUCAAGCUCGGUGGCUUCACGAUCCCAGCCGGGGCCUUGGUCUACCUGAGCAGCUACGCGAUCGGGAUGGACGAGAAGUUCUGGAAAGAGCCUCUGGAGUUCCGGCCACAGCGAUUCAUCGAGCAGGACAUCGACGUGUUUGGCCAAAACUUCCACUUCGUUCCAUUUGGAACUGGGAGGAGAGUCUGCCCCGGCGCCAAGCUCGGCCUUGAUACUGUCCGGAUUGGAGUGGCGACGCUUGUCCAAGGAUUUGACUGGGAGCUCGACCAAGAUCCUGCAAAGCUGGAUAUGGCUGAGACUUUUGGAUUGGUGUGCCAAAAGACUCAACCUCUGGUGGCGAUUCCCCGUCCAAGGCUAGAUUCUCACGUCUACUAGCGCCAGAAUCCACGACCUUGCCUCCA